UUGGUGUCGCUGUCGCUGUCACUGUCACUGUCGCUGUCACUGUCGCUGUCACUGUCACUCUCGCUGUUGCUGUCGCUGUCGCUGUCGCUGUCACUCUCGCUGUCACUCUCGCUGUCGCUGUCGCUGUCGCUGUCACUCUCGCUGUCGCUGUUGGUGUCACUGUCACUCUCACUGUCGCUGUCGCUGUCGCUGUCGCUGUCGCUGUCUCUGUCACUGUCACUGUCACUCUCGCUGUCGCUGUCGCUGUCACUGUCGCUGUCACUGUCGCUGUCACUGUCACUCUCGCUGUCACUCUCGCUGUCGCUGUCACUCUCGCUGUCGCUGUCGCUGUCGCUGUCGCUGUCACUCUCGCUGUCACUCUCGCUGUCGCUGUCGCUGCCGCUGUCGCUGUCGCUGUCCCGCCAGGUGCAGCUCCUCAAUGACGCGUACAGCGCGGUGGUGGACGCGGUGCUGGGGGCGGAGGUGGCCCCGGGGACAGAGGGGACCGAGCCGUGCGCGGCCAUCCUGGCGACGCUGCGACACAUCCGGGUCCCCAUCGUCAGCCUGGAUGUGCCCUCAGGGUGGACAGCCGCCGCGGGUGGCGCUGGUGACAUCAGUCCGGCCGUGCUGGUGUCGCUGGCGGCGCCCAAGGAGGUGACGCGGCGGUUCCAGGGCCGGCGACACUUCCUGGCGGGGCGCUUCGUGCCCGAGGAGCUGCGGCGCAAGUUCGGGAUCGGCGCCGCCGAGUACCCGGGCAGCGACUGCGUGGUGCCGCUGUGACCCCAAAAACCGCCCCGGGACCCCAAAAACUGCCCUGGGAUCCCAAAUACAGCCCUGGAAUCCCAAAAACUGCCCUGGGAUCCCAAAUACAGCCCCGGGAUCCCAAAUACUGCCCGGGACCCCAAAAACUGCCCUCGGAUCCCAAAUACAGCCCUAGGAUCGCAAACACAGCCCUGGGAUCCCAAAUACAGCCCUGGGAUCCCAAAAACUGCCCUAGGAUCCCAAAAACUGCCCUGGGAUCCCAAAUACAGCCCUGGAAUCCCAAAACUGCCCUGGGACCCCAAAAACUGCCCCGAGAUCCCAAAAAACUGCCCUAGGAUCCCAAAUACAGCCCCGGGACCCCAAAAACUGCCCUGGGAUCCCAAAUACUGCCCUGGGAUCCCAAAACCUUCCCCAGGAUCCCAAAAUAUGCCCUCGGAUCCCAAAAAACUGCCCUGGGAUCCCAAAUACAGCCCUGGGAUCCCAAAAACUGCCCUGGGAUCCCAAAAACUGCCCUGGGAUCCCAAAAACUGCCCUGGGAU